GGCGCGCGCGCACCAUUGUGUGGCUGGACUCGGCCGCCACUGCGGUGUGAGGCGCGUGUCCGGGCUUUUGCCGUCCCCGCACCCGCACCGCGGCUUCUGCCUUGCGGUUCGUCGUUCGACAGCCAGCCCUCGGGCCCCUCGCCCGCCACGGACAUGCCGCGCGUCUACAUAGGACGCCUGAGCUACAACGUCCGGGAGAAGGACAUCCAGCGCUUUUUCAGCGGCUAUGGCCGCCUUCUCGAAAUUGACCUUAAAAAUGGGUACGGCUUCGUGGAGUUCGAGGACUCCCGCGACGCCGACGACGCCGUUUACGAGCUGAACGGCAAGGAGCUCUGCGGCGAGCGCGUGAUCGUGGAGCACGCCCGGGGCCCGCGCCGCGAUCGCGACGGCUACAGCUACGGAAGCCGCAGUGGUGGAGGUGGAUACAGCAGUCGGAGAACCUCUGGCAGAGACAAAUACGGACCACCUGUACGCACAGAAUUCAGGCUUAUUGUAGAAAAUCUUUCUAGUCGUUGCAGUUGGCAGGAUUUAAAGGAUUUCAUGAGGCAAGCAGGUGAAGUAACCUAUGCGGAUGCUCACAAAGAACGCACAAACGAAGGCGUCAUUGAGUUUCGCUCCUACUCUGACAUGAAGCGUGCUUUAGAUAAGCUGGAUGGUACAGAAAUCAAUGGGAGAAAUAUCAGACUCAUUGAAGAUAAACCACGAACAAGCCAUAGGCGGUCUUACUCUGGAAGCAGAUCAAGGUCACGAUCUAGAAGAAGGUCACGAAGUAGGAGUCGUAGGAGUAGCCGCAGUAGAUCUCGAAGUAUCUCGAAAAGUCGCUCCCGAUCCAGGUCUCGGAGCAAAGGUCGAUCACGUUCCCGUUCAAAGGGCAGAAAAUCUAGAUCAAAGAGCAAGUCUAAGGCCAAGUCUGAUCGGGGAUCCCGUUCACGCUCUCGAAGCAGAUCAAAGGAUGAGUAUGAGAAAUCUCGAAGCAGGUCUCGUUCUCGAUCUCGUUCCCCCAAAGAAAAUGGAAAAGGUGAUGUAAAGUCAAAAUCUAGAUCAAGGAGCCAGUCUCGUUCCCAUUCACCCCUACCUGCUCCACCCUCAAAGGCCCGUUCUGUGUCUCCUCCACCAAAAAGAGCUUCAAGAUCCCGUUCUCGAUCUCGUUCAAAGUCGAGGUCACGAUCCAGAUCGAGUUCCAGGGAUUAACCCAGAACUUUUGGUUCUUUGCACACUAUAACGGAACACUUUUCCUACUUGCUUAGGCAGUUACUCUUCCAUGUUUAUAUUUGGCCUCUUCUGCGAGUGGAAUCUCCUGAAAAGAGGGGCACACAAAAAUUUGAUUUGUGGCCAAAUUCGAUGAAAAAGAUGAGGUUCUAAAGAAAUGCCAUGAAGUCAAAGAUCCUCUCCCUUCUUUGUAGAAUUAAGAUAACUUUGAUUUUAUAGCUUUUGAGCUAAAACAACUUUUGUAAAGAUUAAGCUCAUUUAGAUUUUUUUUUUUUUAAGUAUUUCAGCAGGAUCUGCUGCAGGGGUUUUGUUGUCGUUAUGUUUGUUUGCUUUUAAAUUAACCGUUUCAAGCUUUGAAUACUUAAGGCUUUAGAGGGAGAACCCAAUUUUUAAUUAUGUUGGCUUUUUAUAAAGCUUGAGUUAUGUAAGAUUUCAAUAAAAAUUUGCUACCAAGAUGAUUGCCUUAUUGAAUAGGUCACUCUUAAAUUCCUUUAAAUAUUGAUAAUUUGCUAUUCAUGAAAACAGUGUGAAUUCUACUUAAGUGUAAAACAAGGCAAGCCUCAGACCAGCAAUAAAUUAUUCAAUUUGGAUAACAUUUUGUGCUGUUGAUCAAAUUUGCCAAAGUCAUUGGCCCCUUUAACAGGUUAAGUUAAAAGAUUUUGUAGUUAAUCUGUUAUACAGUUUUAUCUAAAUCAAUAGAUUUUAAAUGAUGAAACCUUUUUCAAACUUAAAUUAGUUGAACUCUUAUUAAGAAAGAGUUCCUAAUACUUGGGCUCUCGUUUAGUCUGGUAAUCCCACUUUCUGGAAGUGGUCAUUGUAAUUAGUGUUUUGUUGGAGUCUGGUUCCAUUGUCUUUAAUGUUUGCUACGUAAAAAUGGAAGUAACCUUUCUUUGAUCAGAGUUAGUGUGUUACUCAAAAUGGAAAAGCAAAUACUACAUUUUCUACUGGAAGAUCCUUAAUAUCUAACAGGCACUUAUGAGAUCACUUGGUAAAUUGGUUGCCAAUUAAAGUAAAAUUCCACCUAACAAUGAGUCCCCUUUGUAGUUAGUGGGAUUGUGUGAUAAUUGGGUAGAUCAUCCUUACCAACUUGACAGUAUGUGGUUGGCUUGGAGAAACUUUAGAUGAGUAAGCUCUAUAUACUUUUUGUACUUUACCGAAUUAUAAUACUGCAGGUUUGUAGGAGUUACUGGGUUACUGUUUAUUUGAUACAUCCAUAAACCUAAUUAGUUGAAAUUGCAGUUUGAGAAGUGAAUUACUCUUUGUUCACAUUCUUAAUUAGUCUGAAAUGAAGAUGUAGGUUAUUUGGCUCAGCUUUGACAUCUUCCUAGGAGCUGUCAGUGUAUGUAAGGCAUCUAGGGCUGGGUAGUGCCUAAGGUGUGAUGGGUACCAGUCAUUGUGCCACAGAUGUGACUAGAAAGCUUCAUAAUCUAGAGUUGGUUUGUAGGUUCAGAUAAUCCAGAAGGCAAACCUAAUACUGAGAAAAAAAAAAAAAAAGGAUUCAGAUUAUAAGAUCUAGA